GACUCUGCCAGAAUAGCCACGUCUUUUAGGUAAGAGAACACUUAAUUUCCCCUAGGUGUGUAUUUUUUAACUCACAGUAGCGUCAACUAGUUUUAGUAAGGGGAAUGAGCAAUUAAAAAUAUCAACGAAAGCCCCCGAAGCACCUUCUGCAAGAGUUUGAAACUGUGAGCGAACGCAUGGUGGCGCUGUUGACUAAGAAGGAGAAUUAAACCAUAGACAUUGUGCGUACUCAGUGACGCACUGAUCCCGUACGGUGCACCAGGCUUUGUGAGCUUGGCUGGAUUUUUAAGGAAGCAAAUCUGAGCCCUGGAAAAGAUUAUUCUUCAAAGGUUGGAGAGCAAAAGACUUUGCGUUUCCCAGCGCUGUCGGAGGUUCAGCUUGGCAAAAUUUCUGGGAAGAGCUUGACAGUGAAAUGGAGGCUGGAGGGGAGCGAUUUCUUAGACAAAGGCAAGUGCUGUUUCUCUUUAUUUUUCUGGGUGGAUCUCUGGCUGGAUCCGAAUCGAGGCGCUACUCUGUGGCUGAGGAGAAAGAGAGGGGUGUUUUAAUAGCCAACCUAGCAAAGGAUCUAGGGCUGAGUGUAGAGGAACUGGCCGCGAAGGGGGCCCAAGUUAUGUCUCAAGGGAACAAACAGCAUUUUCAGCUCAACCAUCAGACCGGUGACUUGCUCCUGGAUGAGAAAUUGGACCGGGAGGAGCUAUGUGGCCCCACAGAGCCAUGUAUACUGCAUUUUCAGAUUUUACUGCAAAACCCUUUGCAGUUUAUUCCAAAUGAGCUCCAGGUCAUAGACAUAAAUGACCAUUCUCCAGUAUUCUUUGAAAAUGAAAUGCAGCUGAAAGUCCUAGAAAGCACUCCACCAGGAACAAUAAUUCCAUUGGGAAAUGCAGAGGACUUGGAUGUGGGAAGAAACAGUCUCCAAAACUACACAAUCACUCCUAAUUCCCAUUUCCACGUUCUCACAAACAGUCGGAGGGAUGGAAGGAAGUACCCAGAACUGGUGCUGGACAAAGCUCUGGACCGUGAGGAGCAGCCGCAGUUCAGUUUAACACUCAUGGCGCUGGAUGGCGGGUCUCCACCCAGGUCGGGGACGGUUCAGGUCCACAUCCUGGUCUUAGACAUAAAUGACAAUGCCCCAGAAUUUACACAGUCCAUCUACGAGGUCGAAGUUAUAGAGAACAGCCCCAUUAACUCUGUUAUUGUCACUGUCUCAGCUUCUGAUUUAGAUACAGGAAAUUUUGGCACAAUAGCAUAUGCAUUUUUGCAUACUUCUGAAGAAAUUAGCAAAACUUUUCAUCUAAAUCCAAUUACUGGUGAUAUCCAAAUAGUCAAACAUUUGAAUUUUGAGGCAAUUAAGAGUUAUGAAGUCGAUAUAGAAGCCAAGGAUGGCGGAGGCCUUUCAGGGAAAUCAACGGUGAUAGUGCAGGUAGUUGAUGUCAACGACAACCCACCAGAACUGACCUUGUCGUCAAUCACCAGCCCCAUCCCGGAAAACUCGCCAGAGACUGUGGUGGCCAUUUUCAGUGUUUCUGAUCCAGACUCUGGUGACAAUGGGAGAAUGAUGUGUUUCAUUGAAAACAAUCUCCCCUUCGUCCUGAAGCCAACUGUAGGAAACUUUUACACUCUACUGUCUGAAGGAUCUCUGGACAGGGAAAGCCAGGCGGAGUACAACAUCACCAUCACUGUAACAGACAUGGGGACUCCCAGACUGAAAACCCAGCACAACAUAACCGUGCUGGUCUCCGACGUCAACGACAACGCCCCAGCCUUCACCCAAAUCUCCUACACCCUCUUCAUCCCAGAGAACAACAGCCCCGCUCUGCACAUAGGCAGCGUCAGCGCCACAGACAGAGACGCCGGCGCCAACGCCCAGGUCACCUAUUCCCUGCUGCAGCCCCAGGACCCCAGCCUGCCCCUGGACUCUCUGGUGUCCAUCAACGCCGACAACGGACACCUCUUCGCCCUGAGGGCGCUGGAUUUCGAGGCCUUGCAGGCUUUCGAGUUCCUGGUGGGCGCCACAGACCGCGGGUCCCCGGCCCUGAGCAGCCAGGCGCUGGUGCGCGUGCAGGUGCUGGACGCCAAUGACAACGCGCCCUUCGUGCUGUACCCGCUGCAGAACGGCUCUGCGCCCUGCACCGAGCUGGUGCCCAGGGCGGCCGAGCCUGGCUACGUGGUGAGCAAGGUGGUGGCGGUGGACAGCGACUCGGGCCAGAACGCCUGGCUGUCUUACCAGCUGCUCAAGGCCACAGAGCCCGGGCUGUUCAGCGUGUGGGCGCACAAUGGCGAGGUGCGCACCGCGCGGCUGCUGAGCGAGCGCGACGCGGCCAAGCACAGGCUGCUGCUGCUGGUCAAGGACAAUGGCGAGCCGCCUCUGUCAGUCAGCGUCACGCUGCACGUGCUGCUGGUGGAUGGCUUCUCGCAGCCCUACCUGCCUCUGCCCGAAGUGGCGACGGAGGCGGCCCAGACUGACUUGCUCACGGUCUACCUGGUCAUCGCAUUGGCGUCGGUGUCGUCGCUCUUCCUGUUCUCGGUGCUGGCGUUCAUCGCUGUGCGGCUGUGCAGGAGGAGCAGGUCUGGCUUGGUGGGUGGCUGCUCGGUGCCUGAGGGCCACUUUCCGGGGCACCUGGUGGACGUCAGUGGCACCGGGACCCUGUCCCAGAGCUACCAGUAUGAGGUGUGUCUGACGGGAGGCUCAGGGACCAGCGACUUCAAGUUCCUCAGACCGAUUCUCCCCAAUGGUCUGGUUCAAGACACUGAGCAAGAAUAGUGCAGAACUCCAGUUGUAGGAAUAGCUUAGAGCAUUAACAAAAGAAUUAAAAAGUCGUUAUUUGGUGAAUGUUUUCUUUUUUAAGUCAAGAAUCUUUAUUUAAUAAUAAUUUUGUUCAUAUAUUGAUUUUAGUUCUGUUUAGUUCAUCUUUGCAUAUUCUUCUUUUUUCCUAUUUUCUAUCUUAACAAUGCAGUCUUAAUGCCUCCUUUUGUUUAUCUAAUAGUUGCAUAAAAAUAGUCAUUAUCUUUUAGUGGUGAUUUUGUAUGGGUUUAUUUUAAGGAAUGCAUUUUGAAUUCUGCAUGCAAAGCACAGUCAGAUGAUGUUCUUUUUAAUAUCCCUAGAGCAUGUUUUCUGUGGUUAAUGAAAUUUGUGGAUAAAUUGGAAUGUGUUUUCUUUCACAUGUGCCAUCUUUAAGGCACAACGUGUUUUUUUUUUUAUUAGAGGUAUAGUACCCAAAAGAAAGUAAUACACUUAAUUUAUUUUCUGUUUUUACAUUUGCAGUUAAUAUUUCAAUAUUGUAGAUGCUUAUAUUGAACCCCAGUGGACAAAAUAUGGGCUCAUAGGACAAAUUGCUCUUAGAUUUGCCUAAGGUGUAUUCAUGAGUGAGAAAAAAAGUAAACUUAAGGCAUUUUGAACAACUGAUUGUACUUUUCCAUUUGGUGUGAAGACAUUGUUUAGCAAGGCAUGUGGUGGUAUGACAGUUUGGUAUGUAAAUUCUGAGAUAUAAAUGUUAUCAACCUGAGGGCCUUUUAAAAAAAUUUCAAGGACGUACAUGUAUAUAUAGUUUAUACAUGAUUUAUGGUAAAAGUGUUGUCCCAUUCUAUCCUACUUUUUAAAAGUUAACAUCUACUUGGCAUUUAUAUAGUGCAUCUGAGGAAAAUCUUGUCUGUGUUUGCCAUCUCACUUCCCUCCUCAGGUUUCAACCUGAUGUGAUUUAGGGUUAUGUACAGGAUAAACACUGACUGUGCACAUCAGCAUUCUGCCUCCUCAGUGUAAUUAAAAGAAGGUGUGUAAGAAUAGGAAGUUCUAAAAA